AAGGAGGCGCUGCGAGCAACUAAGAGCCAUGCAACUGAUGCCAGUGUAGCUACAACUGCUGCGGUGGUGCAACAGCCGAAGUUGCGCUGGUAUAAGCGGAUCAACCCCAUGCGCUGGGGCGGCAUACCAGAGAUUCCCAAGGAGCGUAUAGUCUCCCGGGAGUACCAGGCCGGGUUCUUCAGCAGACUCACGUUCUACUGGAUGAACCCUCUCAUGACGACCGGAUAUAAGCGCCAGCUGGACAAACAGGACAUCUGGCUCGUCAAUCCGGACAGAGCAGCAGAGCCUAUGACCCUCAGAGUGAGGGAGGCCUUUCAGAGACGGGUAAAGAAUGGACAGAAGCGGCCUCUGCUUGGGGCCUUGCACGAAAGCUUCAAAUUCGAGUUUUGGCUCGGCGGUUUCUGCUCGCUCAUCGCCACGGUGAUGCAGGUUCUCUCUCCGUUUGUUCUCCGUUACCUGAUCCAGUUUGCAACCGAUGCAUACAUAGCUCAUGUCAGCGACGCUCCUGCUCCUCACAUCGGACGUGGUCUCGGUUUGGCCAUUGGCGUUACCCUUAUGCAGAUCGUACAGAGCGUGUGCAUCAGCCACUUCAUCUACCGAGGCAUGAUGAUGGGUGGCCAAAGUCGUGCCGUCCUCAUCAGCAUGAUUUACGAGAAAUCCAUGGUGAUAUCCGGUCGUGCCAAGGCUGGCGGCAUCAAGGAGGCUGCUGUGCCAGAAGCGAGCGAACAAGAGGAGAGUGACAAGAGUCAGGGCAAGGGCAAGGGCAAGGACGGAGAAAAGGACAAGAAGAAGGGCGAGAAGGGCGCCCCGGGGCAUGAUGGCUCAGGUUGGAGCAAUGGACGCAUCACCAACUUGAUGAGUGUCGAUACCUAUCGCGUUGAUCAAGCUUCGGCCCUUUUACACAUGACCUGGACUUCGCCUGUCGCUUGCAUCAUCACCCUGGUCCUGCUUUUGAUCAACCUGACGUACAGCGCCCUGGCCGGUUUUGGACUCCUCGUCAUCGGUGUUCCGCUCAUCACUAGAGCCAUUCAAUCACUACUCCGUCGAAGAAAGGCCAUUAACAAGAUUACCGACCAGAGAGUAUCCCUCACUCAGGAGAUCUUACAGUCCGUCCGGUUCGUCAAGUACUUUGGCUGGGAGAAGGCCUUUAUCGACCGUCUGGCCGAGAUCCGCUCCAAGGAGAUCUACUCCAUUCAGGUCUUGCUUGCCAUCCGCAAUGCGAUCAAUGCUGUCAGCAUGUCCAUGCCCAUUUUUGCCUCGAUGCUGGCUUUCAUCACUUACUCCCUGACCAACCACGGCUUAGCACCAGCCGAGAUCUUUUCUUCGCUGGCUCUGUUCAAUGGCCUACGAAUCCCUCUCAACUUGUUGCCUCUUGUCCUCGGCCAGGUGAUCGAUGCCUGGUCUUCUCUGCAGCGAAUCGAGCAAUUCCUGCUUGAAGAAGAACAAGAAGAGGACGUUGUCUUCGACCCUGAGGCAGAGCAUGCCAUCGAACUCAAGCAUGCCUCUUUCACUUGGGAGAGAACACCUACCAAGGAGGCCGACAAGGCUGAUGCUGGCAAGGGCAAAAAGGCUGCCAAGAAGGUCGAGGCUCCAAAGGAGACUGCUCCGUCUGCAUCUGGCGAUGACUCUGCUAGUACUCUGGUAGAGGAGCGGGAACCCUUCAAGCUGCAAGAUUUGAAUCUGCAGGCCGGUCGCAACGAACUGAUCGCUGUCAUUGGCACUGUCGGUAGCGGCAAGAGUUCUUUGCUUGCUGCCCUGGCCGGUGACAUGCGCAAGACAAGUGGUGAAGUCAUCUUUGGUGCCUCCCGGGCUUUCUGUCCUCAGUAUGCUUGGAUUCAGAACACUUCGCUACAGAACAAUAUUAUCUUUGGCAAAGACAUGGACCAGGAUUGGUAUAAGGAGGUUAUUCGAGCACUAACAGAGGUUCUUGACAGUUGUGCCCUUCAAGCUGAUCUCGACAUGCUCCCCAACGGCGACCUGACUGAAAUCGGUGAACGCGGUAUCACAAUCUCUGGAGGUCAGAAGCAGCGUCUCAACAUUGCACGAGCCAUCUACUUCAACGCCGACAUUGUCCUCAUGGACGAUCCUCUCAGUGCCGUCGACGCCCAUGUUGGUCGCCACAUUUUCGACAAUGCCAUCUUGGGCCUGCUUAAGGACAAGUGCCGUAUCCUCGCUACUCACCAGCUCUGGGUUCUGUCGCGUUGCGACAGGAUCGUCUGGAUGGAUGGCGGCAAGAUCCAAGCUGUUGACACGUUUGAGAACCUGAUGCGAGACCACAAGGGUUUCCAAGAGCUGAUGGAGACGACCGCCGUUGAAAAGAAGGAGGAGGAAGGUGAUGAAGAGGAAGACGACGACAAGUUGAAGCAGCUGACUCUGAGUGAGACCGCCGAGGCACGCAAGAACAAGAAGAACAAGAAGGGCGCGGCUCUCAUGCAGCAGGAAGAAAAGGCCAAUUCCAGCGUGCCUUGGUCCGUGUAUGGCGCAUAUGUCCGCGCCUCCGGUACUCUGCUGAAUGCUCCCCUGGUCAUCUUCAUUCUCAUCCUUUCGCAGGGUGCCAACAUCAUGACCAGCUUGUGGCUCUCGUACUGGACCUCGGACAAGUUUGGCUUGUCAACGGGCCAGUACAUCGGCAUCUACGCCGGACUCGGUGCUCUCCAGGCGGUGCUCAUGUUCCUUUUCUCCGUCCUGCUGUCUAUCCUGGGAACGACCGCCAGUAAGGUGAUGCUCCGCGAAGCAAUGUUCCGAGUCUUGCGUGCGCCCAUGUCCUUCUUCGACACGACGCCGCUGGGCCGCAUCACGAACCGCUUCUCCCGUGAUGUCGACGUCAUGGACAACAACCUGACGGACGCCAUCCGGAUGUACUUCUUCACGCUCUGCAUGUGCACUGCCGUGUUUGCCCUCAUCAUUGCCUACUUCCACUGGUUCGCCGUCGCCCUUGUGCCUCUGUACUUCUUGUUCAUCGGCGCCGCGUCGUACUAUCGCGCGUCGGCCCGCGAGGUCAAGCGGUUCGAGUCGGUCCUCCGAUCUACCGUCUUUGCCAAGUUUGGCGAAGGUCUUACGGGUGUGGCUUCGAUCCGUGCUUACGGGCUCAAGUCCCGAUUCAUCAAGGAUCUUCGCGAUGCCAUUGACGAGAUGGAUGGCGCUUACUUCCUCACCUUUUCCAACCAGCGCUGGCUGUCUCUUCGGCUAGAUCUAAUUGGUAACCUCCUUGUGUUUACCGUUGGUAUCCUUGUUGUCACCUCACGAUUCAGCGUCAACCCUUCCAUCGGCGGUCUGGUCCUCAGCUACAUUCUGUCCAUUGUACAGAUGCUGCAGUUCUCUAUCCGCCAGUUGGCCGAAGUUGAGAACGGCAUGAACGCGGUCGAGCGUCUCCGCUACUACGGCAACGAACUUGAAGAGGAGGCUCCUCUGCACACUGUUGAUGUUCGCGAAUCCUGGCCCGAAAAGGGAGAGAUUGUCUUUGACAAUGUCGAGAUGCGCUACCGAGAGAACCUGCCGCUUGUGCUGAAGGGCCUUUCCAUCCACAUCAGGGGCGGAGAGCGCAUCGGCAUCGUCGGCCGUACUGGUGCUGGAAAGAGCUCCAUCAUGAGCACCCUGUUCCGUCUUGUCGAGAUUUCGGGAGGCUCCAUCACCAUUGACGGCAUCAACAUUGCUACCAUUGGCUUGUUCGACCUACGGUCCCGGCUUGCCAUUAUUCCCCAAGACCCAACCCUGUUCCAGGGUACUGUUCGCAGCAACCUUGAUCCCUUCAACGAGCACACCGACCUGGAGCUCUGGUCCGCUCUUCGACAGGCUGAUCUUGUCCCUGCAGACGCCAACAUGGAGGACCGCAAGACGGACCCCUCACGCAUUCAUCUCGACAGCGUCGUGGAAGAAGAUGGACUCAACUUUUCACUCGGCCAGCGUCAGCUCAUGGCUCUUGCGCGCGCCCUCGUGCGUGGCUCUCGAAUCAUUGUCUGUGACGAAGCCACGUCCAGCGUCGACAUGGAGACGGACGACAAGAUCCAGCGGACCAUGGCCACCGGGUUCAAGGGCAAGACCCUGCUCUGCAUUGCCCAUCGCCUGCGCACCAUCAUUGGCUACGACCGCAUCUGCGUCAUGGACGCCGGCCGCAUCGCCGAGCUGGACACGCCCCUGGAGCUGUGGAAGAAGGAGGACGGCAUCUUCCGGGGCAUGUGCGACAGGAGCGGCAUUCGCGUUGAGGACAUUGAGAGUGCGAAGCUGGAGCUGGAUCAGCUGACUGCUGCUGCUGCUGCUGCCACCAGCUCAUGAGAGGAUCCUGAUGUUAUACCCCCCCAUUUUCCUUUCUGAUGUUGAAUGACUCCUUCACGUAUUGGAUACGAUGAUGCCUUCUCAACGUGAGAAGAUCCUUGGAGGUUUCCUGCAUGAGAGUGCUCAUUCGAAGCAUUUCCACAAAAAGUGCAAGUUACAUUGAAUCAUAUGUUUUUUACGAAUUUUCUCUGUUUAUUCAUAUCUAUAUCUAAUAGAAAG